CCCCCUGCGCAAAACAAGCGGGACUCUGGAGAGCAAUCGCGAGCGAGCGAGCAGCUCCGGAAGACAGAGCGAGCGCGAGCGAGAGCGCGAGCUGAAGGAUGUGACCGACUGGACUUGUCCUGCUUUAUUUAUUGCCAUCGCACUGCAGGAAUGCCAAAGGAUGAAAUGCACGCGGGAGGACGGACGAGCAUCACUCGCCAGCGCGCGCAUACGGACUGAGCUUCACUUCUCCCGAUCCUUAGGACGCCCAGAUGGAAUGGAAAAAUAGGUUAUCAUCUCUUCUCUAAGAUAAGAAUCGGCGCGCUCACAGUAAUGGAUGCAGUGCCAGAGUAUUCCCUUUUCCUCGUCCGAAUUCUGGAGGAACUAGACACCAAGUACAGCACUGUGUCAUAUCAGGAUCUGUGCAAAUCCCUGUGUGCUCGCUUCGACCUGGUCCACCUGGCAAAGCUGAGGAGCCUGCUGUUCUACACAGCAUGCCUGGACCCAAGUUUCCCUGCCACACUCUUUAAGGACAAGAUGAGGUGUUCGGUUGAAGACCAGCAGUCCAAGAAGUUGAUGGUAGCGGCGGAUAUCGUCACCAUGUUCAACCUCAUCCAGAUGAACGGUGGCAUGGCUAAAGACAAGCUGCCAAUGAGUCACAGACCCAAGUUUCAUAAGAACCAGUCCUUCGAGUCCUGCAGGUCUGACACAGACGUCUACAAGUAUAACGACUGUGACAGGACAUAUGACUUCCCGGAGAGAAGAGUUCAUCACGUCUCUCGGGUGUCGCCCUGCCCUAAAUCAGAGUGCAACAACUGUCAGCCCUUCAUACCAACCUCAGACCCCAAUUUCCUCCUGGGAGUCAACAAGGAUCUGAAAUGUAGAGCAGCAUCACUGGAUAAGUUACAGCAUCUGCCUCAGUACCCCAGUGCCAGUCCUCCUCCAUGCGAGAUGCAGAGCACCUACUUUCCAAUGGACAUUGACAGCGAGUCCACCACCGACCAGGAGUCCCUGCACAUCAACCCAAACGGCAAAGAUGUUUUCCUGCCCAACUCAGAGCCUUUCACUGUGCACUCGUGCGUGCAAAAGCGGAAUAUUUUCAAGGAAGAUUUUCACAACCUUGUUGCCUUUUCGCCCCACGUGGUCUCUACAGAGUCCAGGUCCAGUGCCAGAGGCGGUGGAGACUACCACAGGAGGGAGCUGCACAAGCCGCCCACCUUCUUUAAUCACAGCUUCGAGCUGCCGUACAGCAACCCUUACUUCGAACCCGCCAACUCACCAAUUCAGAACAAAACUCGAGCGAAGCACGAGAGUCUAGACGACUUGCAGGCGUCCACGUAUUUUGGGCCGACGACGGUCACAGAGUGUGUUAACACCAGAAGGACUACUGGGAAGCCAAGUAGGCAACAAGCUUGGCCCGUCAAGAGUUUAAGCCUAAACACGGAGGACAGCCCUGACUUUGAGAGGUCCUUUUUGAACAGCAAGGUGCCAAAAGACAAUCACCGCCAUAACAUCAGCACCAUGGACAACGACCAACACUUCCAGUGUGCCAAAGAGAAGUCCACAGCCUCUCCGGCAGGAUACUCCAAGAAGUCUAACGGACCCAAGAUGAAAGAGAUGUCCUCUGUUGCUUGUGGCCCCAGUGUUGAAAAGAGAGAAGGCGGUAAGAGGUUCAAGGACAAGAGUAUCAAUUGCCCAUCGAUCCAGGCUGCUAACCUAAACGAUGGCCUUAGUGUAGGGACACAGACAGAGCAGUCUGAACAAAGGAAACUGAAAGACUACAGCAUCCUCAGCAAGUAUGGAGAGAGGCCUUCUUUCAAACAAGUGGAGGAGGAAUGUGAGAUGAUAAGCGAUGACAUUAGCGACAUAUUUCGCUUUCUGGAUGAUAUGAGCGUAUGUGGAUCCCUUGGAAUUACCCAGUCGUCCUGCUACAACAGCAACGGUUCACUCUCUCAGGUUGGCAAGUCGGAUGGAGAUAGCUCACCCGAGCACAACACCAUCAAACUGGGAAAGUCUGCCAUCAGGCUGGACCGCCUCUUCCACUCUCUGGAGAACUCCGAUGACGAGCUCAAGGCAAGCGUCUGCAAACUGGUCCUCAGGAUUGGUGAGAUCGAGAAGAAGCUUGAGUCCCUCUCAGGAGUGCGUGGUGAGAUUUCCCAGGUCCUGUCCAAGCUCACGAGGCUGGAUGAGAAGAUUCAAGAACCUGAAGCAAACGGUAAAUCCAGCGACUGUGGCAAGUCUCCGCAGAUGCAUGCGGACGUGAACCUGUCACCUCACGUGUUUCAGUGCCACACCACAGGGCACAAUGUAAAAGUGGACACAAACCAGGAGUGGUGCUGCUCGGAUGCCAGCGGCAGCGAAAGCCUGAGAGUGAAAGCUUUGAAAAAGAGCAUGUUCACCCGCAGGUCGUCUAGGUCGCUGACGGAGGAAAACAGUGCCACGGAGUCCAAAGUGGCCAGCAUCACUAACUCACCUAGAGACUGGAGAACUGUCUCCUACUCUAGUCAUCCAGUGGAAGAAAUUAAAGAGAAGGACAGGCAUGGAGAAGGCAAGGAGCGACACAGGAAAUCCAAAGAGACAGAUCGACAGUAUGAUGCCCACCAGGCCCACCGUUCUUCCAAGCCUCCCAAGGACUCCUACCUAGUCGAGCAGGUGUUCAGCCCCCACCACUUCCCCCCUUCCGUCAAGUCCCACGUCAAGGGCAGCCCCCUCUACACUGACCUGCGAUUGGCCGGCGUGCCCGAUGGCAAGCGUCCGCAGCCCUCUUGGACCAUAGAGGAAUUCAAACGCAACUCAGGAGACAAGAGCAAACUCAGUGCACUGGACCUGCAGACCCAGGAGUCCCUCAAUCCCAACAAUCUGGAGUACUGGAUGGAGGACAUCUACACACCAGGCUACGAUUCGCUGCUGAAACGCAAGGAGGCAGAGUUUCGCAGGGCCAAAGUGUGCAAGAUUGGUGCUCUGAUCGCCGCGGCAGCCUGCACUGUGAUACUGGUCAUCGUGGUGCCCAUUUGCACUAUGAAGUCCUGAGGUCUUUUUUCUACGUUACCAAUGAAACACAGGCGGUCUUGUUUAGUUUAGUAGGGAUCUUAUUUUUUUGUGCCUAGCUUGAGCCGCGUUGUGGAUUUAACGGGAACUCCAAUGGGGGAUGACCACUCAAAGAGGACGUUUGGCUUGAUUCAGGGGAAAAGACCUAAAUAACUGGCCUUAGUGUCUAACAGGAUGGUUGUGGAAAAACACUAAUCUAAACACUUACUCUUUGAUGUUUGUUCUUUUUUAUUUCCAGUAGACGAUAUUUGACUUGAACAAUAAUUUGUUAGACGAGCACUUUUAUGGAAUAUAGAUAAUGUACUCUCGUUUUAUAGCCCAUAUUUAAUGUACUAAAUGGAUCUGUUUAAAUCCUUGACACCUUUAUGUUUGUUGCAAUAGACACUACACCGGAGGAAGUGUAUUAUAUUUUUAAUUUUACUAUGAUUCUAUGAGAGUUAUUUUUCAAUGAAUUCACAAACAGAAUGUGACGCGACAGAGAAAGGUUUAUCUUUUUUUACAAAUCAGGAACGUUUUCUUGGGUUUUGUGCAAUGUUUCUUUUCCUAAGCAAGAAACCGAGAUACGACAGAUGAAGAAAUAGCUCUAUAUAUAUAUUGAAGAAAGGAAAACGUGACAGAUGAACUGAAUGUAUGACGGGCCUUUGUGUAUUAUACGAGGAGGGUGAAAUAAUUCCUCUGCUAAUGUUUACUCAUGUUAUUUAAUUAGUGCUGAGCUACAUGUAACUCCAAAUCAAUGACAUACUUGCUUCGUAGUUCAGGAAGCGAGUGGAACAGCUCAGUAGGCCUACUGCUUCUUUUGUGAUCAUUCUUUGCCUUGUUCUUUCAGAACUGCUCUUUAUUUACUUGAAGCUCCUCAUUUUUUCCAGUUCCAGUAGCUCAAUAUAUACAGAGUAGGAUGGAGUUUUUGGACUGGAGUUAGGACAACGUCAUCUGUGUCUAUACGUGUCUUUACUGGGAUGUAGCAUUCAGUAACCUUUCACUCAAAGAACCCUUGGGAGCACUGGACACCAAUGGCCAGGUGGUAAGAAGGUCAGUUAUGACUCACGUUCGCACAAAUAAUCAGCAGCUUGAUCAAUUUGUUUGAUUCAAAUGUAAUUCCACAUGAGCAAACUGUACAGUAUAACAUUUAAGAAAGGUUUCUACUCUAUAUCCUUGUUUUAAAAAAGUAUCUAAAGUACUUUGUCCAGUGGCCUAUAAGUUCCCUGAUCAGUGGACCCCAAGUACAAUCACCAGUUGAACCCAAAGACCCAUGCCAGGGGGCCCCAAAGUUCCCUGCCCAGUGCACAGUACUUUGCACAUUGGAAACCCAUUCCCUUGCCAGUGGCCCCCAAGUUCUAUUUCAAGGGGAAUCCAAGUUCCCUGCCAAGUAGCCCUCAUGUUUUCUUCUAAGUUGCUGGUCAUGCUGAUUAACCAGCUAGUUUCCUAUUGACAUCCAAGUUCCCUUUUCUGUGUUCAGACCCCAAGUUCCCUGCUCAGUGGCACUUAAGUUCCCUAAACAGUGUCCCCAUGUUCCCUGCCCAGUGGCACUUAAAUUCCCUGAACAGUGUCCCCAAGUUUCCUGCCCAAUGGCAAUUCAAUUUAGUGUACCUUGUCUCCAAGUUCCUUUACCAGUGACACUUGAAUUCCCUGAACCGUGUUGCCAAGUUCCCUGCUCAGUGGCACUUGAAUUUACAAUACACAGCCCCUUACUUUUCUAUCCAUGUGUACGCAAAGUCUUAGGCCAGUAGCCCCAAGUUUCCUGCCCAGUUGCAAUCAAGUUCUUUACUAUUGAAUGUUAAAAAGUGAGGUCCCUUAACCUGUCAAUCAGGUGGUUAGUUCAAAAAAGAUUCUGUCUUGUCAAACCACACAACACCAGCUAUGAAAUAAGGACCAACCUGGAAAAGUCAAGUAAAAUGAAAUAGAAUCGAUGUAAUAGACUCAUUUGAAUCAAGCAAAUUCGAUGCAUUUCUUACUUCAAUGCAGAGCUCUAAAAUCAAUGAUCAAGUCUGCUCAAUACUUACUGGAAUUCAACGAUUACACUUACUGUCACUUUUGUCAAUUUGAAACAGAAGAGCAAACAAUAACCCACUACAGUCGUGACUCUAUGUCCAAAAUGACACUUCCACUUAUUGUUCAAAUCGCUGCACUUGUUCAUAUGUGGUUUUAGAGCAUCUGCUUGUCUGUUUUCGCUCUAUAGCAUAUCAGUAGGACUGGGGGAAUUCUAAAAUUCUAAAAAUUCCAGCUAGGAGUGAGACACAGCACUUUUGGCAACAGCCUUCACUUUCUUUCUUUCUUUCUUUGAUUGUUGUUUCUAAUCGUCAACUGACCUUCUGAUUAACAACAGGCUGUUUUGAAUGUGACUUUCGUAAGAUGGAUUACAAAUCUGUCGGGUGACUUUGCCUUUACCACAGGAACUGUGAGCUCUAGUACACUGUAAGAUCCUGUACAUACAACUUCAGGUUCAAAGUGCAUAAUGUAAAAGAGAUGUAACUGGAAUAAUAUUCUAAUAAAACUCUUAUUGUUCUGACUGUU